GCGCGGGGCGGGCCGGGGGCAGCGGGGCGGGUGUGACCGGAGCGGGUGUGACCGGAGCGGCCGUUGGUGACAUCGGCGGGUGCCCGGGGCGCGCAGGGCCCCUAAGGAGCGGUGCGGGCCAGGCACGAGACGGCACUGUUGAUUGCUGUUGGGUUAUGGAGAGAAGAAACAGACAAUGAGAGAAGACCUGUAAAGAUCCAAGGUGGCAAAAAUGGCAUUUAUCAAGCAAGGCUAGAAAGGAAGCAGGUUUGAUAGUCGCUGUGAAAGGGGGAGAGCUCCUUCUCCUGCUGCAGCAUGGGGUCCCUCCCAUGGGAGACAGUCUUCCACAAACUUCUGCAACAUGAAUCAUUCCCAUGAGCUGCAGUUCUUCAUGAGCUGCUCCAGUGUGGGACCUUUUCCACUGAGUGCAGUCCUUCAGGAACAGCCUGCUCCAGCAUGGACUCCUCUGGCCCAAGCAGUCAUCAAUGUGUUCAAGAGGUAUAUUUGAAAGGUGGGGAACCAGUGGAAGAGUUGCAGAUUUUUGAAGAUACAAACCUUACCAUACCUAGAAAGUAAUAAAGGAAACUUCAUCCACACUUCAAAAUGCAGCGGAGUCUGUUACAUUCUGCAUCUCAGCUGGCACACGGGACAUGUUGGUUCUUCCCUCGCACUGGUGCCUUUCAGUGCUUAAAAGGACAGUCUGUGUUGUCUAAUGUGGGAUGCAAAGUGAUUCUGGCACUGGACCCUCCUAAACGAUGUCUUCAUGCAGGGGCAGCUCACUUUGCCUCAAAGAAAACUGCUUUUUCAUCACAGCCAGCAGACUCUUCUCACAAAGUACCAGGAGAGAGAAGUCCUUUGCCUUCGGCCACUGAUGCACCCAAGCAGAGCCCUGCAGAUUCGGAUUCUUYAGAACCUGAUCCAUUACAAGACACAUCAAUUAGUCUCGUUCAGAGAUUCAAGAAAACUUUUAAGCAAUAUGGAAAAGUCAUGAUUCCAGUGCACCUUGUGACUUCCACUGUAUGGUUUGGAUCCUUUUACUAUGCAGCCAUGAAUGGGGUGAAUGUUGUUCCAUUCCUAGAGGUGAUUGGCUUACCAGACAGUGUAGUAGACAUCCUGAAAAAUUCCCAGAGUGGAAAUGCACUAACUGCAUAUGCAUUGUAUAAAAUUGCAACUCCUGCCAGAUACACUGUGACUUUGGGAGGAACAUCCAUCACUGUUAAAUAUCUGCGUAAGCAUGGCUACAUGUCCACACCACCACCAGUAAAGGAAUAUAUACAAGACAGGAUGGAGGAAACAAAGGAUAAAAUUACGGAGAAGAUGGAGGAAACAAAAGAUAAAAUUACAGAGAAGAUGGAGGAAACAAAGGAUAAAAUUACAGAGAAGAUACAAGAAACCAAAGAUAAAGUUUCAUUUAAAAAAAUAAAGGAGUAGGAGAGAUGCCUAAUUUUUGGAUAUAUCAAACUUAGCACUUUAACCCUUUGUGAGGCAGGAUAUGCAAAGUGCACUUCUGGGCUUUUUUUUUCCUUUUCCCCCCUUAUCUGGAGACUACAAUUGGAGAGUGGAUCUAAAGGUUAAAGUUACCUGAGGGAGAGGUUUUGACAAAAUUUCAAUUUACAGAAGCAAAAGUGAAUCUCAGAUUAGAAGUUAACAUGUCCCUUGGUAAUAAUGUUAACAGUUACUCUUCCCUCUUUUUUCCUCAUACCCUCCUCCUCAAAAUGAAGGUGAUUUCUGCCAAAAGCCACUACUUUAUUCUUCUUCCAUUAUAGUGCACAGCCAUUGUUCCACUAGACCGAGCCCUCCAUUAAAUGAGAAUGAAGAUUUCUCUGUUGGGAAGGGCAACAUGUUUAGGUUUUUAGAGUAUGUGGACCCAAGCCUCUUCAAUCGUGAUCAUCUCUCAACUUGGAGCAGACCAUUGUCACUGAUACUGCACAUGAAGGAAUUAAUAGAUCAGCUAUUCAGCAGGAAUUAAUUACAGUGGCUUCCUUGGCUUCAGGCAGGCUGCAGUGGUUUACAGGUUGAGACUAUGAAUCAUUCUUGGACAGUGCAUCUCUUCAGAAAUCUCAACUGAAAGCUCUAGGAAGGUGAAUUAAUCACAGUAGCCACACUGUCAAGUAUACUUUGUUUCCUGAAGUUGAUUUGCAGUAGAAAGUCAUUAAAUGAAAUUAAUCAAUAAUUGUAUAUUAAACGCUAGGAUUUGUUUAUUGUGUUAAAGUUUACAAACCUGGUCUAUUUCAUUUUUGAGACAAAAAAUAAAAUUGAAAGAGAAGUUUGUUGGAGAAAUUGCUAUAUUAAGGGGCUUUUUAAACACAUGAAAAGUUGGAGUUAAUCCCCAAAGUUCAUCCUGCUUCAGAAAUCCAUCAGACUUCAGUUAGAACAAUUUGACUAAAACAAGCAUGAUUUCUGAGACAGUGAUCACAGUCUACCAAACUUUUUUACCCCUAGGUUUCUUAAGUCAAGCAAACACUUAUUCGUACCUGAAGGCUGAAAUGCUGUCUCAGAUGUCAUAAAGGACUAAAGUUGAAACUGUUCUAUUUGACUGGGCAGGCAAACUUCUCUCAGUCUUAUUCAAAUGUCAGCUAAACUGAAGUGUGUUUUUCCUAUUUCUACUACAAAUCUCACUUGGUAGCAACUGUGCAUGCUUAAGUUGCUUAACAAAAGUGGGUUUUUUUUUGAAGGGGGAUAUGGGGAGGCAACAGAGUUGGACCCCGAGCACUGCAAAUUACUGGAGUGAAAGAAUAUAGCUGAUGAAGUAUCAGCACUGCCCCACUGUCCUGUUUCCAUUCAAAUCACUGAGGGCCUCUCCGUGUUUGAGUUGAACUUCAUUAACUUAAUUGUGCAGGAUUGAUUACAUACUCCUCUGCCUCUGUCCACAUGUGAAAUAGUAACUGCAAUCUAAUGCCUACCUCACAGGGAUGUUGUGAGGAAUAAUCAUUGUAUAUUCAGUGACCUGAAGAUGUAAAGUGCCAUGUUUCUGAUAAAUAUUAAAAAAAUAUUUCUGUGAAUUCUUAAACUGCUAAGCACUCUUGUAGGACUGGACUUAAUAGAUGCUAUUUUGUUUUUCUGUU